UUUCCUGUAGCUAUUCCUAUCUUUAUAAAAUACGUGUGAUAAAAAAAAAACUGACGCUAGUCGUCGGCGCUCUACUUAUGCGAGAGAAAGAGAGAGAGAGAGAGAGAGAUUCUAUACGCGCGUGUACGUGAAUAUGUAUGAAUGUGAAAAAGAAUUUUCAACGUUUCGACGUCGUCCGUUCAAAGAUUAAUAUAAUUUAUACUCACUAAUUUACGAAAAUUUGAACGUACGAAUCGUGCGUUUGCAAGUUAUUAUGGUGCUGCAAGCUUUACGAUCGAUUAUUUUAUAUUCGUUUAUUAGCUAAUCAUAAUUAAUUCAAUGGAGAGCCUGAAAUACACGGCGGCAACCAUGGUGAACAAUUUCUCUUGGCGAUGAUGGUUUUUCGGUUUUAACAUAUUUGUAGCGAAUAAAGAUCACGUAAAGAAAUAACAUUGUAUAAUUUGUAUAAUUUAAAGUAACCUUCUUUAAUGUCUCAUAUAAUUUUAAUUUUUUUUUUUUUUUUCUAUUCUCGGUACCAACUGGAUCACCUUGUUGAUACGUUCCUGAAUCAAUUUUGGCGCGGUUCGACCAACGCGUCGUUAAGUACGGAACGCUACUAAUAGAUGGCGUUACUACGUACUGAAUUUUUCCUAUAUUCAUGCGACGCAUUUACGAUAGAAACUUUGAAGGUUAAACAUGUUUUAUUCCACAUUCUAUCACUGUGAUCGUAUUAAAUCUACAUUGAAGAAAUAAUUAAAGCGGCAUGGGUGAUCACGAUGGAUUAUAUAUUAAUCUAAAUGUGAAGGGUUAUGUUAAAUAUAUACAUAUAUGUUAUUUUAUAUGUAAUAUUUCUGUUAUAAAAAUUAAGGGGAUAGUGUGUAUACAAUAAGAAGAAAAUAUAUUUGGAAAUAUUGAUAGUUCUGAAUGAAAAUUGAACGGGAAAGAUAUUAAUAUUAAUUUUGACGUUAUAUAUGAUUUUUAUUAUAUAAAAAAUGUCCUGCCAACGCGUUAUAAUACAUGAUAAAAUAUUGUUUCGUAUUUUAAAAACCAAAGGCUGUGAUAUAUCUACUAUAUGUGAUAAAAUGAAGUCGGACGUAAGAAAUAUAAAAAUCUUGUCGGAGGAAGAGCUAUGCGAAUUAUGGUAUCAUGUGAAAGUAAUACUGUUGAAAGCACAAAAGCUAUCUAUAUUACAAUCGGAUAAUGAAAAUUCCAAAGAAAAGCAACAAGCACUAAAAUUGAUACAGGCGAUAGCCGCAAUGGCUUUGGAGACGGUGAUGCAUAAAACGUUUUUUCCGAAUGUGUUAUUAGAGAUCGUAAUAAUACUUCACUCCGUCAUAUUGCCAGAAAUAAAAGAUACAAAGGUAAAAGAUGAGAUAUCGUACCUUUUAGAAAAUUGGUGGAAGUCAAACAUGAUAUGGAAAGAAAAAGUGAUAAUGAACGCUAUAAAGCAUCUGACUGAAUCAUCUAAAACUUCAUCGCAACAUAUUAAACGAUUAUAUAAAAUAAGAUCUGCGCUGUAUUUAAUAAAACGUAACGAAGAUAUACAAAUGUUGGUUGAAUUAUCGCGAAGUGCCGUCGUUAUGUCUGUACCAGAAGGAACGGUUAUUUUGUUAAAAUUAUUUGCGUUAGGAGAAGAAUUCGUAAUGGGGAUUCAUAAUAAUGUAAAAACAAUACUUGAAAUUGGAGAGUCUGAUGUAAUAAAAGGAUAUGCGAAUUUAUAUGCCAAAGCAUGGUUGAAUGCUACCAAUAAAACUAAAAAAUUAAUCAUUGAAAAAUGUUUCAAAAAUAUUAUUUUUCAUUGUCUAAGAUCGCGUAGGGAUUCUACAGGACGAGUCAAACUUGGAACGAAUUUACUUAUAUUCGUAGAUGCGUUACAUCGUUACAAAAGCAACGCAAUAAAACUAAUGUUGCACGAUCAUUGGAACAGUUUAUUGUGGGAACAUUUGAAGGCAUCUGGAUCGUGCGUCAGAUGCAACGCAGCCGAAAUUCUAUUUGUUAUUUAUUCCGUGAAAUCAAAACAUUUGACAGAAAAUGAAAAUGACAUGAAACAAUAUACAAAAGCUAUCUCACAACUUUUGAAGGAUUCCAAUCAACAAGUGUGCCUUAUAGCUAUAAACGGUACUUCUAAAAUAUUAGAAUCUCAUUGGAAGUGUAUACCUGCUGAUAUAAUUAAAAAUUGGUUAAACAUUUUAUCUUAUCAUAUGAAAAGCAAAUUCUCUUCAGAAAUUAAAAUAAGUAUCCUAAAUGGUAUCAAGCUAAUGGUAUCAAAUAAACAUUCUCACGCAAGUGUAAAAGAUUUUUUAAAUAACUUUGUCAAUCAAAUAUAUUACGCAGACAUAGACGUUAUCAAAUGUUUUAUUAAACUUCUUAUAUAUCUUCAAAAUCAGAUUGGCAUUUCAAUCUGGGAUAGCGUUGCAUUGACUACUCUAUUGAAAUGUAUAGAGGAUACCAAUGAGUCAAAGCUAUUAGAGGAAUUAAUAAAAUUAUUGUGUUUGCGGAUACAACUAGACCAUUUAAAUAAUGACGAUGCUACAGAAGAAAUCAUAAAUAUAGGAACGAAGAACAUUACAGCAACAAGAAAAUUUUUUUUUCAUUCAAAGGAUAUCGUUAAUUGGGAUAAUGCUUUUAGACUUAUAAAUAUUAUAUUACUAACGAUCGAAAGACAAGCAAGCUGUUUAUUAACAGAUGAUGAAACAAACAAUAAAUGCAGUAAAAGAUUUAAAAGGAAUAACGAUAAAUCACAUAAUGGAAACUCUACCAAAGAUAUAGUUAAAAAAGAGAUUGACACGUGCGAAUCGAUUAAUAUAUUACUCGAGGUAGUUGCUAUAAUAUUGUAUGUAAAUAAAAAAAAUGUUACGAAUGAAUAUUUUGACAAGGAAGAAGGGAGGGACUUACGGCGGGUUUUUACAAGUAUACUUCCACAAAUUUUAUGUUCUUAUAGAGUACAGAAAUUGUCUUUGAAUGAAUCCACAUUGUUUUUACUUUCGUUUGUACCUGUGACUAUGAUGAGCAAUGCAAACAAUAUAUGUGAAACCAUUGCAAAACAAUUAUCUAAUCGUAAUGUUUCCAAUGAGAUGUUAAUCACAAUUUUAUAUACGUUAAUGAAAUGGGAAAAAAUGGAUAUAGUUUUUACAUUAUUGAAAGAUCUGAUAACAAAAUUUACAAACGUAGAGUAUAAUCAGGAAAACAGUAAUGAUUUGAUCAUAAAAGAACAAGAACAAACACUCGUGUUAACUGUAGGAAUAUUAAAGCACUUAUUGAAUAUUGAUUUUCAAGAAAAAUUAUUAAUUGCAUAUCAUAAAGAUUUAGUAAACGUUUGGAAAGACUUGCGUGUGAUACAAUAUCACGUGGAAAAUAGAAUGAUAUGUUCAAAUGAAUUAAGUAACGUCGUAAUGAAAGAACAAGUUUUGAUCGGUCUUUUCAAGGACUAUUUAUCAAUAAUAUAUAUCCUAUUGAAAAUUGACGUUUAUGAUGUUUCAGAAUGCCUUCAAAAUAUAUUAUCAUGGGUUGAAGAGAGAGUGAUACCUCGAAUCCCUACAAUGGAAGAACAUGAAAAACAUCAAUUUCCGAUUAAUAUAUUGAAGAUAGUUUUUAACGUAUGCAAUUCGAUGAUAAAAGAAUGCCAACUCUCUACAAAGAUAUGUUGUAAAAUUAUAGUUUUGUAUUUCAAGUCUAUUUCUUCAUCCGCCGGCAUAAUUUUUAUGCACGACGCUUUAAAAGCAAUCAUUGCUUUAUUGCACUUCAAUAAAACUCAAUAUUACAACGAAGAUUCUAAUUUAUUAAAUACUAUUCUACCAAAGUUCUUAUAUGCUGUAAUGAUAUCUUUAAAUAAAUAUCCCAAAGACAUUAUAAUCGAACAUACAAAUAAUUUAAAAAUGUUAAAUUUGUUAAUAGAGAAAUACUUUGAAACCAUCGAAUUUACAUACAGCGAUCAAAAAAUGCAUGCUACGUACUUAACUAUUAUAUUAAAUACUGGUAUCAGCAAUAUAAGCAAAGAAAUCAUUGAUAACGCUGGAAACAAUUCAACGGACAUAUUGAAAAUUAAAUUUCCAUUUCUUGCAGAAAAGAUUUUGAAGAAUACGCUUUAUUUAAAAAAAUAUCAACAUGCAUGCUUUCUUGCUAUAAAACAAGCUGUAAUACACUACGAUGAAGUUGAUAUACUUUCUACGUUACUGAUAAUAAAUGAAAUGUUUAACUUACCAAUUAAAUCCACGAGAAAACUUCAAGACAUUACAAAUGUAAUCAAGUUAGAAUAUGAAAAACGAUGCGAUCUUACUAUCCAUAAUAGGUAUCGUAUUCGAAGUAUGUGUUUAUGUCUCUUCAACAUUUUUGAUAUCAAUAAUACAAAUAAAUGUUUUCUUUCAGAUUUAUUGUUGAUGCAAUAAAAACGAUCGUUAACUCGAUACAGAGUAACUUUUAAAAAUGAGACAAACUUAUAUACAAUAAUUUAUUGUUAAUCUAUUAAAAAUAUCUUUUCUAUGAUUGAUAUUUUUCUAACCGUAUACGUUAUAUAUCAUAUAUUUUCUACGAAUAGAAAUAUUUUAGUUAUAGUUUUCAAUGCAUUUGUUUGUAAAAUAUUAACGAAGAAGAAUAAUCUUCGAUGGUAUAUCCCGGUUAUUUUAUUUUGAUAUUAAUAUAUUUUCUUUGGAAUGUAAAAUACUAUUUUGAUUGCAUCAAAGAAAUAGUAAUUACCAAAAUGCGUUUAUGAAUAUAUAAUGCCAGACAACGUAAUGUUUCUCAUUUGUCUUACCGCAGCCACGACACGGGCAUUGCAACCAGAGCUACCACUUUGAUAUUCCUCAGGUGGUAAUCUUAAUAAUAAUGACAUAUGUUGCAGAUUCUCCGAUAACGAAAGACCAAGCUCUUCUAGAACGUUUCCAACGUAAUCUACAAGAAUUAGGAUUAAUAAAAUUAAUAUUUUAUUUUAACAACACGAACGAUAUAAUUAUUCGACUAUACUCACCUAUGUCAGUAGCAAGUUGCUUGCAAGCAACAGAACUUAAUCGGCCAAUGGCUAAUGUUUGAUCAUGAAACAUUUGGCAAGUUCCUCUGGCAAUAAUAUCUAAUAAAAUACCAGUGAAACCAGAUUCCGUUGACCCCUGAGCGUACUGAGGAUCGGCAGCUUUUAAUGCCAAUGUUAAACUUGGAUUAUCCCUUAAUAAAAAUGGUUCCAAAUGUUGAGGAAGCGUCAUCAGAUAUUGACCAACUUGUGUUAUAUAUUCUUGAGGAGCGAAACUAUAAUCCGGUAAAUCUGUACUAAGAUGCAUUUUAUUGGCAUCUCCUGACCAAGCAGGUGCUUUUUGAACUAAGAGUAACUGAGUAAAAAUCGGCGCAAAAAUAACUUCGUAAGUCGCAUGAUGUAAAUCGGAGCAAAGUUUAUGAAUAGGUUUUAUAACAGAAUCGAGAAUAGUUUUGUCUUCUGCAAAUUAAAUAAAAUCAUUUACUCGAGGUAAUUAUAA